AUGUCAGCUCCUAAACGGCAGAAACUCGACGAAGAAGAAAGGAACACAAGUCUUCCCUCAUUACGAAAAGCUGGAUGGGCUGAAGUGGAGGGUAGAGACGCCAUUCAGAAGGAAUUUCUGUUCAAGGAUUUCAACCAGGCAUUUGGAUUCAUGACACGUGUGGCAUUGAAAGCAGAAAAGAUGGAUCAUCACCCCGAGUGGUUUAACGUGUACAACAAAGUACAGAUCACCCUGAGUACACACGACUGCAGUGGUUUAUCUGAUAACGAUGUCCAACUGGCCAACUUCAUCGAAACCGCCGCUGAGUCGAUUGCAAAUUCAAACGAUGAGUGA